ACCGGUUUCUUUGUGAUAUGGGAUAUUAGCAAUGGAGCUUCCAGUGAUAGAUUUUGCUGCACUCAACGGCCAGAAAAGGAGCAAAACAAUGGCGCUCCUCAACGAAGCUUGUGAGAAAUGGGGCUGCUUUCAGGUCGAUAACCAUGGGAUCGACAAGGAGUUGAUGGAGAAGGUGAAAGAAUUGGUGAAUGUUCAUUACGAUGAGAAUCUGAAGGCAAAGUUUUAUGAAUCUGAGAUCGUUGAAAGCUUAAACAGCAAUGGAUUCAUCUCAGAUAGGGACUGGGAAACCACCUUCUUCAUUUGGCAUCGUCCAAAUAACAACAUCCAUGAGAUCCCAAACAUUUCAAAGGAACUCUGUGAAACAAUGGAUGAAUACAUAGCACAGCUGCUGAAACUAGCGGAAACCCUCUCCGAACUCAUGUGUGAGAAUCUAGGGCUGGACCCAAACCACAUAAAGAAAGCCUUCUCGGGCACCAAAGGCCCAUCCGUAGGGACGAAAGUGGCGAUCUACCCUCAAUGUCCUAACCCGGACCUCGUGAGAGGUCUCCGGGAACACACUGAUGCCGGCGGUAUCAUAUUAUUGCUCCAGGACGACCAGGUCCCGGGCCUCGAAUUCCUGAAAGACGGACAAUGGCAAAGGAUUCCCCCCUCGAGAAACAACACCAUCUUCGUCAACACGGGCGACCAGCUCGAAGUGUUGAGCAAUGGGAGGUACAAGAGUGUGUUGCACCGUGUGAUGGCCGAAAAGCAUGGAAGUAGGCUUUCGAUCGCUACGUUUUAUAACCCCGCCGGUGAUGCAAUGAUUUCUCCAGCCUCGGAACUGUUGUACCCUAGCGGUUAUUGUUUCGGGGAUUAUUUGAAGUUGUAUUCGACCACGAAGUUUUCGGAGAAGGGGCCGAGGUUCGAGUCGAUGAAGAUGAUGGCUAAUGGCCAUCAUUGAUCUCCAUGUUUAGGGGACUGAAUACUUGGAUUGCAUUAUACUUUUAUGUUUUUUUGUUUUGUUGCUUUGUUUCCUACAUAAAAAGAUGUAUUUGUGCUUUCUUUUUAAUCA